AUGUUUUCAUUGUGGCUCAAUUGCCUUCUCAUCUUCGUACCCAUCGGCGUCUGGGCGUUUUGGUCUGAUAAAGCUCCCCUGGUCAUAUUCAUCACCAAUGCCCUAGCGGUGGUUCCACUGUCCUCUCUGCUCACUGGAGCUACCGAGAUGAUUGCAUCCGACGCGGGCGAUACGGUCGGAGCUUUGCUAAACAUAACAAUGGGAAACCUCGUGGAGCUGAUUUUAUUCAGCAUCGCCCUCAAACAUAAUCAGAUCCAAGUCGUUCAAGCGUCAAUCCUUGGUUCAAUGCUUGUCAACUUACUGCCAAUUCUUGGCACCGCUCUAUGUGUCUGCGGAGUAUCGCAACAGGAGCCGGCCUUGGAUACUUCAGAGACUCAGCUCCUUGGCUGCCUCCUGUUUGUUUCCGUCUUCGUUCUUCUGAUACCGGCCGCUUUCAGCCAUACGUUUCAAGCACGCGAUGGCGCGAAUGAAGCCAUGUUGACAAUGGGCAGAGCUUCAUCCUUUGUGGUUCUGUUUAUUUACAUCUUUUAUUUCAUACAUGAACUGCGAGAGCAACACAUCUCUGCGAUCCGACACCAAGAUGUGGCGGACCUAGAAGAUGGCAGAGCGAUAGUAUCACCUGACCCUCCAUCAUCGUCUCGGACCCGUCGUCUUGAGGACUCUCGUUUGGGUAUAUGGAAUGGCACCAACGAAGUCCGCUGUGCUACUGAUACCUUCGUCGAGCUCGAUAGCAUUGAUGAUUCCUCACGUUCCGCGUCCUCACGUGAGGAUAGAGAAUCAGAACGCGGAAGAAAAGAAAACAAGAUCGAACAAAGAGACAGCCGCGAGAGCUCUUGCGAUAGCUUAGAGUCGUUGAGCCGUCAGUCGCUUUGUCAUUCGACUGCGGAUCCUACUCACCUCAAUAGAAUCUCUCAGACUACUACCGGCGCUCAUCGAUGGUCUUUCUCAGAUAGAUUGCGCAUCUUUCAGACUAGUCGUUCGAAAGUCGCAACUCUUCGAGAUCGAGAAAAGAGCUCCCGGAGAUCCUUGGGACAAAAAGCGGUUUCCGUCAUCACCUUAAUCAUAAGCUCGGCCUUGAUGUCAAUGUCCACCGAGUUUCUCGUCGGAACCAUCGAUGACAUAACUCAUCAAGGCCAUCUGUCAGAGUCUUUUAUCGGCUUGAUAAUUCUGCCGGUCAUUGGAAACGUGGCAGAGUACGUCACUGUCGUGACGAUGGCGUCGAAAGAGAAACUAGACCUCGCCAUCGCGGUUGCAGCUGGGUCAGCCAUACAGAUCGCGCUUUGCGCAGCGCCCAUAACUAUCUUAGCAGGCUGGAUCAUGGACCGAGACGCAGCUUUUGAUUUCAGCUUGUUUGAAGCGGCUGCCCUCUUAGGCGCAGCCGCACUUUCCACACGGCUUCUGCUGAGCGAUGGGCGGAGCAACCUGAAGAUGCCAGGUAUCAAAGGAACACUCAUGUGUGCAUGUUAUGCAUUAAUCGGAGUUGGCUCAUUCCUUUUACCAGAUGUUGAGACAUAG